AUGAACAUUCAAAGAUUCUCCAACUUAAUCUCAAUAAGGACAAGAGAGAUCUCCAAAAAGAUCCAAAAGGCACUUAAUGAGUUAAGCGAGAACUUACAACGUGAGUACCAACAAGCACAACACCAACGUCAACAACAAGGGUCCCCAUUUCCACGGCAACUGCAACGGCAGCCGGCUUAUGCACAUGUUCCGGUGCCCGUGAGAAACGGCGGGGCUGGGAACCCCUUUGUGCGUCAAUUCAGUACUUCUGCACGUACAUAUUCACACAACACCAGUUGGACAAGAGCAAACCCUUCGUCAUGGUUUCAAAAGUAUAAUUUAUUCUUGAGGAAAGUUGGCCGAUUGGGCACUAAAUCCAAGAUUUUAACAACCUUAAAUCAUGGGUUUUUGUACCACAACUUCUCCCAAACAUAUCAAAACCCAUUUAGGUUAAAAAUAUAUCACCAUAAUGUGAAACAAACAUAUAGAUUGUUGUUCAACAACUUACGUGAAAAGUACCAAGUGUAUAACAAGGCCACUUCACUAAAUAAAGGUGAAGUGUUGCAGAGGCUCAGUUUAAACUUGUCAUUGUCGGCUAAAAACCAUCAAUUGAUAACCACUUUGGCAAGAACUGAGUCCUCUGCAUCAAAACAAGAAAAAAUUAAAUCAAAUGUACAUUUUACAAGUUGUUUUAUUGCGUUCCCAUUGAAUUUCAAUUUAAAUGUUCCCAGUGAGACAUUUUUGUCAGAAGAAGUUGUUGACGAAAUGUUGUACAAUGUCAAACGAUUUGAGGUCAAGUUGCAAAAUUUCAAACAAGAUCUCGGCAAUUUGUUUGAGUUGGGAGAAUUGCCAAUGAAGUAUGUUGACAACCUGGUGAGAGUGUAUUUUCCCAAUUGCGACAAGGACAAAUUGGAAAAGUUGUGUCAAGAAAAGGGCAUCGUUGGAGGUAUUAUUGUUGAGGAAGAAGGGCAAACUGAUGUUGUCCCUGUUGCUAGCACAAUGGAAUCAGAGCCUUUUGACUUGUUGAGCUCUUCAAAUAGUUAUGACAGCUCAUACUCAAGUGACGUUUUAAGCUCCGAUCUUAGUGAAUUGGAUAACCAUUUGACCCAACGUGUCGUUAGACCUAUUGAAGAAGUUGUCGCACCUUUGCAGCAAGUCAUCAGCGUUAAUGAAGACUACCAUUGGGUCUAA